UCACACUGCUGCCAGCUGAUUGGAGAGCGCACAUGUUUUGAUUGUUUUCCUUUUGGAUUUCGAACUUACCCCCGAUCUUCUCCAGAAUCUGGAAAAUGGGUGGACACCACAAGAAGAACCUGCGGGCGGAAAAGGCGAAGGUGAAGCUUAAGGGCGCCAAGCUGCCCAAGGGCCUAAAUGUGACCAAGACGGACUUCAAGGUGCGCAAAAUAGAGAUCCGGGAGCAGCUGAAGGAGUCUUCCUACUCCGCAACCGGUCAGCGGCAGCUUAAUCUCAAGGAGACACUCUCGCGGCUGAAGCAUCACAGCGUCAAGUUUCGCACGGAUGCCCUACGCAAUGUGCGGGAUUCCCUAAAGUCCGGGAAUGCAGAUCAUCUAAUCGGUCAUCUAAACGAGCUGUUCCAGGGCAUUGCAGCCGGUGCCUUGGACAUGGAGCGUUCGGCGCGACAGGAAUCAUUCAAGACCCUCGAUGUCCUGCUCGAGGCGCUCCAGCCGCACGCAGUGGCCCCGUUCUUCCAUGUCAUAGCCACUUAUUUGCGUUGUGCCAUGACGCACGUGCUGCCCGCCAUCCAGGAGGACUCGCUCCUCAUGCUGGACGUCCUGCUGCAGCGUGUGCCACCGGCUCUCUUGGCGGAGCGGAGUGCCAGCACCAUCAUUGGCAACUUCAUCGACAUGAUCUCCCGCGCCCGUCACGACAGCGAGCGCUCGAAUCGCACUCUCACUUUGAACCUGGGCCAGGGCAAGCAGACGACUGUGAAGUGGCGCACCAAGGUGCUCCUCCGCCUGCAACAGAUUCUUGGCACGUUGGUCGGCUCCAAGAGUUCCAAGACAGCCGUUGCCCGAGUGGUUCACUUCGAUGCAAUGCGUCCGCAGUACUACAAUGUGCUGUGUCCCGUUCGCCAGGACAACAGGGAGCUGUAUGCCAUUCUCAACGAAUCCAAACUAAGUGCCGACGGCGCUCGACUGCAAACCUACGUGGAGCAACUGCUACCCCUCCUACAGGACAACUGGCUAGAGGUCCGUCCGCAGCCACAACAGCCGCUGCUCAGUCAGGAUGCGGCAUCAAGUCUGCAUGUGGUCAUCAGUCUAAUGAGCCUGCUUUGGACUCUAAUCGCACAGCAUGAAUCAGAAAAUAGCACCAGGGAUCUCAGCGAUUGGCUGAGGAAGAACUAUGCGCAAAAGUUCCUGCUCAACUUUUUAGCCAAGGACGGCAGCCGUUUUCCCUACCAGCAGAUUCCGCUGGCUGCCAAGAAGUCAUCAAAAGAGAAGGGACCUGCGGAUGGCGGAGAACUUUGUUUGCCCCAAAACCUAGGCAUUGUCCAGCUGACCUGCAAGUUCUUUCCGAAUCCCAACGAGAAGCAGGCCCAACUGUUUAACCAUGUGGUUGCUUACAUGCAACGGAGCUUGGAGCGUCUGAGUUCUCUGCCGCCGGAGCAGCAGCUCUCAGUAGUGGCUUCCCUACGUCCAUUGCUCCUUGAAUACGCUACAUCGUUGCAGAGCAUCGUGGCAGAACCUUUGACCAACCUGCUGAGCGCCUCCAUCGAUGCUUAUGUGGGUCAGCGAUUCACCACCCGCGAAGGCGUGGCCACUCGAGUGCUAAGUCUUCUCUGCGAGAUUGUAGAGCGUUCGGAUCUGUAUGCCCGCUUUGGCGGAGAGCAGAGAUUCGCCCCGUUCCUAAGCUAUCUGCCGCAGUUGCUGCUGAAACCAACAGUGGGUGAGGGCACUCUGAGAGCCAUGGCCACGCUCUGCCGCCAACUGAAUGGCGUCUUUAUGUCCGCCCUGAUCCAAGUUGCGCCAGAGGUGGUCUGCCACUUGGUUAAUCUGCAGGUCACGAGCGAUUCCGAAGGCGAGGACAAAUUCGAGAACCAGAAGCGCGUUCUCAACCUUUUUUACUAUGCCAGAGAGUCGGACAAAGAGGGAAAGCUGGAGAGGGCCCUGAAGCAGGUGGAGGAGAAAGCGGACCACGACGCCAUUAGUGCUUACCUAAAGGCAGUGAUGGGCUUUAACUAGAGUUCCGGGUCCACAUUACACACAUACUUUUGUAUAGCUUCUAUAAUUAGUUUAAUGUUUACAUUAUAUUCCUCUGGCUUAAGACGAA